AUGAGUCAGGAAUACGAACCUAUAAGUGAUGGGUGUUAUUACAACAGAUCGAAAAAAUUGGGUAGAGGUGGAUAUGGGUUUGUUUUCAGUGGAAAGUAUUACGGUAAAGACGUAGCCGUAAAACGCGUCCAGUUGGAGGACAGUAAGCCAAUAGAAGAAGCCUUACUAGCUAAACUUGUUCACGAGAAUGUUGUCAAGUUAAUCGGUGAUGUUCCGGUUAACAAGGAUUUCAGGUUUUACUUGUUGGAGCUCUGUGCAGCUAGCUUAGACGAGUAUUGUAAAGGGAUUUACCCAGGCCCAAUACCUUCUGAGCCGGAAGUGCUUUACCAAUUGACCACAGGCUUGGAAUUCAUUCAUUCAUUAUGCAUCAUCCAUCGUGAUAUCAAGCCAGAAAAUAUUCUGAUUUCAAACCCAGAUCCUAUUGUCAAAAUGAAAUGGGCUGAUUUUGGACUUAGCAAAGCGAUAAAUGAAAAUGGUUCCUAUUCGGAAAUCGAAUCUAACAUCCGGAAUAAUAACCCAGUUAAUCUUGACGAACUUGCUGACGAUCAUUUUGCCAAAAAAAUUGUUAUCAAAAUGAUUUCCCACAAAGUUAAGGAUCGGAUGGCCUUAAAAGAUAUCAUCCAGGAGUUGGAACCACUCCUUCCCCAAAAUUCAUCAAGGAAUUCUGAUAACCAAUUGCUGGCAAAUAGAGCACUUGGUGCCGAAGUAGUUGGCUCGUCGCACAAACCGAUACCCAGUGCAGCAGCCAAACUUCCUAAGAAGCCAACCCUAAAAAAAGAACCAAAAGAUAAUAUUAUGUCUAUUGGGGAUGUGCUUUCAGGAGCGAGAAAGAAACCCAGGUGGGCUAUCAAAGCCCGAGUCAUUCAAAAGUCGCCAUUUAAAUAUAUAGAUAGCCCCGCACCCAACAAACCAGGGCAGAAAUAUUUCGACUUGGUGCUAGAAGACGAAACUGGGAAAAUCCAAAGCAAGAGCCUGCACAGCUAA